CUGGCAUUGUGUUUGCGCAGUCCACUGCAUUGCUAUAGUUGCUAUUAAAUAAAUAACUGCUCUGCCAUAGUAUGGUUAUGUAAUAAGUGUAAACGUAAAAUUGGUGGUUCUGGUGGUUAUCAAGACAACAAAAGGUUUAUGAACUACAGUAUGUCGCAGACUAUCAAUAUGUUCAUUGGAGAUGCUGUAUGAUUUGCUCAACUUGGCUGAUGACCUGAAACAUAAUGGAUAGCCCACCCAAACUGACUGGAGAAACUUUGAUUGUACAUCAUAUUCCCCUGGUUCAUUGUCAAGUCCCAGACAGACAAUGCUGCAACAUAGGCAAAAGAUCAAACCCCUUCUACCAUAAUGAUCUGGGAAUCACAAGAACUACAUCACUGCCAGAGAGGGACCUGCUUCAGAAGGAAACAUUAUUGUACAGCAGCUUAAUUCAGGCCUCUUGCUUACCUCCUGGAACAACACAUGAAACUGAUGCAAGGCGACUGAAUUCAAAAGAAAUCACUGCAAUCGAACAGCACAAUUCAUUAAUUUUGAAAAAUCAUGAGAACAAUGAUCAGGAGAGCUCCAAUAAUUGUUCUUUUCAUUCUCAGAAUAGCAACAUCGGUAACCCACCAUUUGUUCUGCAUGACCAGCCAUUUCAUCUUCAUUCUGCUGAGAACAGCACACAACAGUGGAGCCCACCCAGUGGGCAAGGAAUUAUUGAAGGUGAAGAGGAACAAACUCAUGCAUGUGAUGGCAAGAAGUCAGAUAACACCAUCACAUCAAGAUCAGCAUCAGGUGACUUAAUACAACAACCUAUAUGCAACUGUACAAAUGAAAGCACAUCAACCUUAUUCUUUGAUUGUAAUGAAGGACUGGGCAGCAGCCCAGAUGAAAUGUUCAGGAAGCAAAAUUUACUGGAGAGCAGAACAUGCAGCUGCUCCAGUUUAGAUAUGCAACAAAGCAGAAGUUGUGUCUUCUCAGAUCAAUCUGAAGUAGAUAAUCAGCAUAUGACCUAUAAUAGUGAUUCCUCAUGUAACAGUUCAGAUGGUGUCUUGGUCAACUUUACAGCCAUCUACAAUAAAAUGAAAAGCCAGUCAAAGUCCAAUCUAAGUUCAGGUAACAUGUCCCAUGAAUCUUCAUAUUGUUGUCACUCAGACAUGGGUGCGUUCUACUUGGACCUGCAUUCUUCACCUAGUGAGCCAAAGAAUUCAUGUGAGACGAACAAUGGGGAUACUGCCAUGCAAAACUGUCUGUGUCAGCAGUGUUCAGUUGCUGUAGAUGACAACUGCAAUUCUUACCACCUACCGUGUGAAAAUGUGCCCUGUUCUUCUGAGAAUUCAGAGACGACUGCUUGUUUUCAAAGUCAAGCAAGACUAGUUGUUGCCACACAAAAUUAUUAUAAGCUUGUGACUUGUGACCUAUCAUCUCAGUCUACACCAAGCCCAGUUGGAUCAUCAAUAACAAGCUGCUCAGAAGAUCACAUUAAAAGUACAAGCCCUAGUCACCCUACAGAAUAUUACCUCUUUCAGCAGCCGGAAGAUACAAAGAAUAACACGGAUUAUUGCUGUUCCGAGAAACCAGCAGCAGAAUCUUCUGAAAACCUUAUAGAAGGUCAAGUGUACGUGAAUGUAGCUUCAAAUGCUUCUGGUAGGCAGAGAUCAAGGAGCUAUGAUCGCAGCUUGGAUAAAAGUCCGACUGCCAGGUUGGGAUCCUUGGAACGCAUGUAUAGCUGCCCAGGCAAGCUGAGUGAUGGUCACACAGGUACAUCUCAGAGAUCACCACCAAGACGAGUAACUUCAUUUGCUGAAAUUGCUCGAACCAGGAAAAAAAGUGGAAACUCUCCACCACUCAAAUCUAGUGGAGAAUCAAUAGAGUUCUCUCCAAUACUGGAAAAUCAGAAAGAAAAUAAUGUGUUUGCUUAUUCAGAAGACCACUACCAUGGCAUGCCUGGCAGAACCACUGCAAAAAUGGAUUUAACAACAUCAUGUGAUGCACCAUUUAUCCAUCACUUCAACAAAAACAGUAAUUCAAAUGGGCAUGAGAGAGCUCACCUGGUAGAUUGUGGACCAUGUUACAAUGGAGAAGAUGCCAGGAAACCAAUUAAUAAACAACAGAUUGAGAGGGAGGCAUCGUUUGACAGCAGAAUUAAAGUGGAAGGUGCUGGAACAGAAGGCAAAGCAGUUAUUCGUUAUAGUAAAGAGCAGCGUCCUACUACGUUGCCCAUUCAACCUUUUAUUCUUCACCAUCCACUGAGCAAACAGCUUCCCAGGGUUCGGCCAGUGCAAAACCACAGUAAAUCUUCAGUUACGUAUAUGUACAGUAUUCCAAAUAGUCAGCUGACAACAAAUGAGCAUUCAAGUGGAUCAUCUAGUUCUUCUGGUGGCAUGUUGUCACUGGAAAAUGUAGCAACAAUAGGACAAUCACAGAAUGGAUUCAGCACAAAUGAGAAUGAGAAAGCAGGGAACUCUUUUCCCAUAAAUGAGUACUGCUUACGGAGACCCAUGCCAGAUGGAAUUAGGCCCUCACCAUUGGGUAGUUACUCACCUAUAAAAAAUGAUGUAUCCAUCUUGCAGAGUGGAGACUCGUCAUCUUCUGCAGUGUCAUCAGAAAGAAACUUUGGUAGCCACCCUCCAAGGAGUAGAUCCUGUCCUUUAUCUGCAAAUCUCUUUCCAAUACGAUCACCUCCAGCAAAAGUUGUUUCACCAAACAAAAGCCACCUUCCACAGGUCAGAGAUGAAAGGAGGAGUCCAAAGGAGACCCAGAAUAAGGAGGAAAAAAACCUUCAAACUGCACAGAACUCCAUUUGUUCUUCCCAGAAAACAAUGUUACCAUCACCAGCUAUCAGAACGGUAAAUGGUAUCAAGAAUCAUAUGAACCAUCAAUGGGAUAACAGAAGCAGAGGUGGAAAAGCAGCACUACUUCAGCAUAUGGCAUCCGGUUUCACUGCUGCUAAUCACCUUACACCUCUGGCUUUGAAAUGGAGGGAAUAUCGUAGACGAAAUCCCCUUGGUCCUGAUCGUGUAACAGGAUUUGGCUGCAAUUUGGAGCCUAAGCAAUCAGGCCGUGGGAUAACCAAGAAGACUGCCUAUCUGGAAUUUUCUGGCGCUAGUGGCGUUAACCAUGUUCGCUCAAGGCUAUAUGGCCAAUCUGUGAAGCAGCUUCAGAACUAUUACAGUGAUUUCUUUCCUGAUUAUUUUUCGCUGGCUGAGAAGCCCCCUGCAGAGUUUUGUUUGUCACCUGAUGGAGCCUCUGAAAGUAUCUCCAUAGAUAUACUACAGAAGAAAGGCCUUGUUAAAGCUGUGAAUACUGCUGUUGAUCUGAUUGUAGCCCAUUUUGGAACAAGUAGAGAUCCUGGUGUAAAGGCAAAACUUGGGAACAGUUCAGUCAGUCCCAAUGUGGGCCACUUGGUACUUAAAUAUCUGUGUCCAGCGAUAAGAAAUAUUCUUCAGGAUGGACUGAAGGCAUAUAUUCUGGAUGUUAUCGUAGGACAAAGGAAAAACCUGCCAUGGACAGUCAUUGAAGCUUCCACUCAGCUUGGUCCUUCUACCAAGGCACUCAAUAAUCUUUUUUGCAAGAUAAGCCAGUACUCUGAAUUAAUGAGUCACAGCACAAGGUUUAAUGCAUUCAUCUUUGGCCUUCUAAAUAUCAGAUCAUUGGAGUUUUGGUUUAAUCACUUGUAUAAUCAUGAAGAUAUUAUUGGAAUUCACUACCUGUCCACAGGCUUCCUCGCCCUGUCACACAGUGUUUGUCAGGCUCUGUUUGAGGAACUCCUGCUUUUGCUGCAGCCUCUUUCAUUACUGCCUUUUGAUCUAGAUUUGAUGUUUGAGCACCAUGUUAUUCAAAUGAAGAAAGAGCAACAAAAGAAGAAAGAACAGCUCAAAGUGAAGCAAGAUCUCUUGCAGUCUGUGCACUCCACCUUCCAGCUGAUGAGAACCAAUGGCAGCAGUGAUGGUGGGAAUAAAAACUCUGGAUCUCAGCAGAACAGGGAGGAGAAGCCACAAAGGAUCGUACAAAGUGUAGCUACUUUGAAUGGUACAAUGUCAAAAGAUGCAAUAUUAUUGGGUAAAGAUGAUAAAGAAGUGGAAAAAGUGGAGAGAAUGCAAAAGGAGAAAGUAAUGGACAUAAAAAAGGACAAGCAAGCGGGAUGGUGGUACCAACUUAUGCAGAGUUCGCAGGUGUACAUUGAAGGGUCUUCUGAAGAAUCAAAGUUUGUAAAAUGGGAGAAGAGAAAGAAGCAAAGUAAUGGUGUUAUGCCAGUACAGUUAGAUAUGGAUGUGGAGAAGAGGUCAGUUCGAGAAGGUGUUGUAGAGGGAUCAGAGAAUAGGGCUAUAUCUGAGUUUCAAAAUUCGGAUAUUUGCCAUAUGGCGCCUGGUCUGGCUACAUCAAAUGAAGUGGCAUUAGCCACCAAGGAACUCCUAAAAAAGACUCAGCUUGAGGAUUCUAAGAUUGAAAACAAAUCUUCUUGGAUGGGGAGUCCUCCUGAAUCUGUGCUACAUGAACUUAAACAUGGCAAAGUGAAUGAAGGUGUGGCUUCAUGUGAACAUGGUGAACAGCCAGAAAAAAAGCUAAAUGUUGAGCACACUGAAGGCAAGCAAGGAAUGUGGCUAGGCCGACUCUUUGGUGCAAGUGUAAAUCAGACUAGAAAGGAAGAAGCAAGACUGGUGAAAUCACAGAAAAGCAGAUUACCUUCGGACUGGUUGGGACUUGAUAAAUCAGUCUAUGAUCUAAUGGUACGGACUGUGGGAACUGGAAAAUGGAGAGGAUCCCAAUAUGUAGCAGAACAAAUCAAUCCACAGACUGGAGGUAGUCAACCAGAAUAUCAAGAAACAAAAGCCCAAUAUGAGCGAGAAGUGAAGGCACUUUGCCAUCACAUAGCAACCGAGAAAGGACAACUCAGCUUUAAAAAAGGAGAUGUUCUGAGGGUGAUGUCAAAAGUGGAUGCAGACUGGCUGCUCUGUGGCCUUGGGGCUGAACGUGGAUUAGUACCCUUUACUUAUGUGACUCAUCCAGAAGAUGAAGAUUGUUAAUAUUAAUGCUCGAUGAACUGUGCAAUUUUAAUUGAGGUGGAUAUGGAAAAGGAGAUGAAAAAAGAAUAAUUGUUAACCAGCAAGAUAAUAUCGAGCAAGAAAGCACUAAAUUGCCAAUAUUUCUUUGCUUAUUACUUUGUUCUUCAUUGAUGCACUUAGAACCUCAACCAAGUAGCUCAUCCUUAUAUUGCUCAUCCACGAAUUCUCAUUGGUGAUUAUAAAAGCAUGCCUGCCAGCCACAUGAACAUUGUUCUAAUUUCACAUGCCUUUAGUAGUAAGCAGCUUUGUAUUACCAGACUUCCAAAUAAGUGGGACAGAACUAGAAUUUGAAGUAUAUAUAUAUAAUAUAUGUAAUUCAUAUAUAUAAUAUAUAUGCUACAGUUUAUUAUUUAAUAAUCUUUAUUAAUUUUCAUUUCAAAUGGUGUAAAUUGCAUGAAUUUGUGAGUACAAAUGACAGGCAGUAUUUCCAUUUGUGAAAGAUAGUAUUGGUGCCUUGAUUGGAUCUUGUAGGGUGACUUAACUGCCUCCCCUGCACAGACAUUCUACAAGAAUGUGUCAUGUUUGAGUUAAUAUAGGAAUCAAUUAAAAUAUAAUAAUUUGUAGUAAUAUAUACCUCUGCCUUGUAUAUAUGCAGUUAAUGAAGUUACACCAUAUUUGAUUUUUUUCUGAACAUUCUUUGAACAUGUAUGUAUUAUUUAUUUUGCACAUUAAUAAAAAGUGCUGAAAUGAUGGCAUGUGAUAUAGUGGGUGUGUUGUAAUCCUUUACAAGAAAUUGCAGUGAGUUCAUGAAAAGUGAAUAAUGUACUUAUUUAUCAACUGUAAUCUCUUUUAAAUCAGACUGAUAUUUAUAUAUCUAUAAUUGCAAAUGUUCACUAUAACUACACCAAGCUUGAAUAUUCUAAUAGAUUUUAUCAUUUCUCUUCUGUAUGGAACAGAAUUUAUUAGAAGUACAAAUAUACAAGUAUUUAGUAGAAUCAUAUAAACUGCACUGUGAUGGACAGGAAAGCUCUACACUGAUAGUCAAAACUGCCCAUCGCAUCACUGGCACCAGCAUACUGCCAUUAAGGCCAUCUAUACAGAAAGGUGCCAGAAAAGGGCCAGUAAUUUCACGACACACACACCAGUGAUAAUAAACCUGAUUCUGAUUCUGAUACUAACAUCAGGAAGGAUCCCACCCACCCUGCUCAUGGACUGUUUGUUCCACUCCCAUUAGGGAGGCUACGUAGCAUCCACCCCAGGACCACCAGAUUAAAAAACAGUUACUUUCUACAAGCAAUAAGACCAAUCAACACCUCCAUCCACUAUUCAACCACCCUCACACUGCCAAACACCACUACUUUAUCAUUGCCUGUCAGUCACUUUAUCAUUACCUACCACACUCCUGUACCCAGCAUCACAUCAUGAACAUACAAUCAAUCUAUGUAUAUACACUAUCCUAAAUGCUGUCAUCGACCCAGCUUUGACCACUUUCUCAGGUAGUAUAAUAACCUACAUCCUAUCUGUGAAGGCCUUACACAUUGAAUGGAUGCUUUGUGAAUCACGUGACUAUUGUGCUGUAGGGUGACAUGCCAGAAAACGAAUGUUUGUAGAAAACUAUUUCUAUUGUUUGAAGUAACAAAUACAUGUUAAUGCACUGACUGCCUGAAAUACUUUACUGGGACACACGUUGAGAAUCUGACUUUGGAGGCUGGGGCAUCCUACAUUAUCAUUUGAUCAUUCAUUUUAUCAGUGGGACAAGUUUAUUCACCAACUUCAUGUUACAUGUUUCUGCUAUUUGAAGCCAUGCACCAGAAUUUACUUAGCAUAAAGAUAGCAUUAAAAAGGUCAGGGACCUGGAUUUCAUUUUCUUGUUUUCUGAUUACAUCAACGUGUUUGUCAAAAGAAUCACACGGUGAACUACUUUGAAUUAACAGUGACUUAUGUAUUGUUAGUAAAUGAAGUCACAAAAAUAGUUAUUUAAUGUUUAUCUGAUUCACCAGAACAAGUAGGUGGGACUGUAGUUUAAUGUUUUUUUUAACAACAAGAUUUUUUGAAGAUUUCUGUGUCUGGAUCCGAAAACAAUGGGUUACUGUAAAGUACAACUUGUUUUAGUAUGUCAGGGUUUCUUGUUUUUUUUAGCAUUCCACUACAUCUAUUUGCAAAAGCUAAAGAGACUGUAAGUUACUGGAAAUCUGAAAUAACAAAAACACAGAAAAUGCUAUUGGGACUCACAGGUCUGACAGCAACUAUGGAAAGAGAAAAAGUUAACAUUUCAGGUUAAUGGCCUUUCAUUAGACUUGAAGCAUUAACUCUAUUUCUCUGUCCACAGGUGCUGCCUGCCCUCUGAGCGCCGUCAGCAUUUGUUGUUCUUACCAUGUCUUCCUGUUGUCUUUUAAAAUUUCAAUAACUUAAUUAUGUUUCAUUGCAUGAAUUUUGUGACCCUUGCUUCAGUAUUGCUUGAGCUGUGUGACCCUUUAGCAGUAUUGUGCAUGGCCUGUCAGCGGUGUCAACAGAGCUUUACCAAGAGGGAUUUCUCGCAGGUCGGCAGUGGUUAUUUAAAAAGGGAGCUUCGAGAGUGUUUGUCCAUUGUACGUGGCCUAUCAGUGGCGUCAACAGAGCUUUACCAGGAGGGAUUUCUCGCAGAUUGGCGGUGGUUAUUUUAAAAAGGGAGCUUCGAGAGCAUUUGUCCAUUGUACGUGGCCUAUCAGCAGCUAUAACUGGAGCACCAAUCGUGAGUUAGAUAGAAGAGAAGGUUCAGGUCUGGGCUUUGAUGUACUUCAUUCUAGGAUCUCAAAAGAACUACUAAUUGAAUAGUUAUUGUAUUGAUAUUAAUUUUUCAAAACAUGAGAUUCAGGGAAAAUUCCAUUAGGUUUGGAAAAUAGCAAACCUAACUGAUUUAGUCAAAGAUUUAGAAAUCAGGAAACUAUAAGCAAUUUAGAUCAAUGUCUGUCAUUGGUGAAAAUAUUACAAACUGCAUUAAAGUUGAUAUAGUUGUGCAUAUGGAAAACUUAAAGUUGAUCAGACAACAUCAAAGUGGUUUUGUGAAGGAAAAAUCAUAUUUGGCAUAUAACUGGAUUUUUUGAUGAAUUUAUAUUCAUACUUUGUAUAUGUAGUAUAAUGUAUCUCUUUCUAAUAUACAGACAGACACACACACACACACACACACACACACACACACACAAACACACAUACAGGAUUUUGUUUAAUUGGGACACAUUGGGACCAAUACAUAUUGCCCCAGUUAAACUGUUGCACCAAUUAGCUGAAGUUUCAGGGAACUAGUUAAAAGGCUAUAAAAAAAGGCAAACUACUGUUUAAUUGAUUAACAAAUUAUGUAUUUAAAUGAAAUAUAGUACAAAUUAGAACACUAUCAAUACAAUUACAAUACCAUAAACUUGUAUUUGUUCCUAAUAGUUAUGAAUGGAGAAAUUCAUUCAGUGUAUGCUGCGGUGUUCUUUUGAUUGACUGUAAAUGAACACAAUCAAUGCAGAUAAUGGACUGCCUUCAUAGAAUGUUUUUGACAAUUGCAUCCUCUAAGUCAUCAUUUUCAUUGUAACAUUAAAGAUGA